GGCGGCCGCCGAGGUUUUCAGCUUGAUUUGAAAGAUGGUGAGAGUCAGUGUCUUGAAUGAUGCUCUAAAGAGUAUGUAUAAUGCUGAAAAGAGGGGAAAACGGCAGGUCAUGAUAAGGCCUUCAUCAAAAGUGAUUAUCAAGUUUCUUCUGGUCAUGCAGAAGCAUGGAUACAUUGGAGAAUUUGAGUAUGUUGAUGACCACAGAGCUGGAAAAAUUGUGGUUGAAUUGAAUGGAAGACUAAACAAAUGUGGUGUCAUUAGCCCAAGGUUUGAUGUUGGUGUUAAGGAAAUUGAGGCUUGGACUGGAAGACUGCUCCCAUCGAGACAGUUUGGUUAUAUUGUGCUGACAACGUCUGCUGGAAUCAUGGAUCACGAAGAGGCACGUACGAAAAACGUUGGAGGUAAAGUACUUGGGUUCUUUUAUUAA